UCCUGAUGCUGCUGAUUCCAUUCCAGGAGGACAAUCUACAGAUAUAAACUGGGCAAACAAAGAUAGGAAAGACUCUAACAGUCAUCAGAAUAGAAGUAAUUUACCAUUUCCUAGUCUGUCUUCUGAAAGAGGUACAGAUUACGAAAACUCUUCCACAAAGCAUCAUGGCUUUUGUAAUCCAGAACGUCAGUGUGGGAAUUCUGAAGACUUCCACCAGUAUUUUGGAAACAGUAAAAGUUUGAAGAAUCGCAACUUGCAAAGCCAGAGAUGGCACAGGUCAAGAAAUGAUAGCACGUGUACUAGAAGCAAGGUAAGGCAAAGUACUGCUGAUGCUGCUGCAGGGCCAGGAAUUUCGGAUGCUGCAGUAGGACCCGGGAGAAGAGCACCUCCUAGGGGAUGCAAUGACUUCUUCUCCUCGGAGAGUGACAGGGAGGUACCCAGCGCAGAUAGCAGAGGAGCAAAGCCAAAGAAAACACAUCUGAUGCACGCCUCUGGAAGAGGUUUCAGGGAGAAGGGCAAGCAAGUCCAUGACCGGGAAAAGCGAGUGAGCUCUAAGCAGAAAGCAGAGCUGUUUGAAAAUGUUCCGUCUUUGGAUUUGACUCAGUCUGACUCCUCAGAAUCAUCUGUUGGAAAGGCCUUCUGUGAUGCCCCUGUUGCUAGUGGGGAUGAGCAGAAAGCCUUCAAUUAUGUAAACAAAAGAUAUCCCCGGAAGCCUGUGUGGAAUAAACCCCCGGUAGAAAAGGAGUGUCAGAAAAGACAUGAUUCUCAUCGUAGUAAAAAUACAAAAGUAGGUAAGAAGUCUUCUCUUGCAUAUACUCCAAAAGAUAAAAAUGAGAGGAAGAAAGAAUUCUCUGUUCACAAAAAUGAUGAAAACUUGACCAGUGAAAUCAGGCAUCAAUUGUCUGAUUCUGUCAAGUGUAAUGGAAGAAAAUUCCUGCUAAAGGGAGAUCAGGCACCUGCACUUCAUUUCAGCUGGACCCAGUACUGGAAAAAGCAAAUUGAUGUACCGAAAAACAAAGAAACUCACACAGGGUCGUUGAUUGAACAGCUGACCACAGAGAAGUAUGAAUGCAUGGUGUGCUGUGAGGUGGUCCGAAUCGUAGCCCCAGUGUGGAGCUGUCAGAACUGUUACCAUGUCUUCCACCUCAACUGCAUUAAGAAGUGGGCACGAUCACCAGCUUCACAAGCUGAAGAUGGUAAUAGUGGUUGGAGAUGUCCAGCUUGUCAGAAUGCUUCUACGCAAGUUCCUAAAACUUACACUUGUUUCUGUGGUAAGGUGCACAAUCCUGAGUGGAAUAGAAAUGAAAUCCCACAUAGCUGUGGGGAACUUUGUGGAAAGAAGAGACAGUGUUUGGACUGUCCACAUCUUUGUAACAUCCUGUGCCAUCCAGGACCUUGCCCUUCAUGCCCAGCCUUUGUGACAAAAACAUGUGAAUGUGGACAAACUAGUCAUUCAGUUCGCUGUGGCCAAUCAACAAAAAUUCACUGUUCUAAUGUAUGUGGAAAUACUUUAAACUGUGGUAAGCACAGCUGUACUCAAGUGUGCCAUGCAGGAAAAUGUUCACCUUGCCAAUUAACAGUACAGCAGGUGUGUUACUGUGGAAGCAACUUUAAAGAAGUAUUGUGUGGGACAAAGGAAGAAUUCUCUGAUGGAUUUGGGAGUUUCUCAUGUCAAAAUAUAUGUGGCAAAAAAUUAAACUGUGGGAGGCACAACUGUACACAAGUAUGCCAUCCUCAGCCUUGCCCGCUCUGCCCACGACUGCCACAAGUAGUGUAUCGCUGUCCCUGUGGUCAGACUCCUCUCAGCAAGUUACUGGAACUAGGUUGUGUUGAACGUAAAAUAUGCACAGAUCCUAUCCCGUCGUGUGGAAAAACAUGUGGCAAACCUCUUUCUUGUGGUAGCUAUGAAUUCAUUCAUACCUGUGAAAGCCUUUGCCAUGAAGGAGACUGUAGACCGUGUUCUCACACAUCGAAUAUUUAUUGUAGGUGUGGCUUUAAAAAAAAGGAAGUCCCAUGUGCUCUGCUCAGAAAUAAAGCUGCCAUUACAUUCAUGUGUGACAAGCGAUGCAACAAGAAAAGAUCAUGUGGACGACACAAGUGUAAUGAAGUUUGCUGUGUGGACACAGAACAUAAAUGUUCUUUGGUUUGUGGUCGUAAACUCAACUGUGGGCUUCAUAGAUGUGAAGAACCGUGCCACCGGGGCAGUUGUCAAACGUGCUGGCAAACAAGUUUUGAUGAGUUAACUUGUUAUUGUGGUGAAUCUGUGAUUUACCCCCCUGUCCCCUGUGGCACUCAGCCACCAGAGUGUAAAAAAACAUGCACAAGGCCACAUGACUGCAAUCAUCCAGUGUACCAUUCGUGUCACAGCGAGGAGAAAUGUCCUCCCUGUACCUAUCUCACUCAGAAGUGGUGUAUGGGCAAGCAUGAACUGCGAAGUAAUAUCCCUUGUCAUCUCACUGACAUUUCCUGCGGACUUCGCUGCAAUCAAAUGUUAAAAUGUGGAAUGCACAAAUGUAAAAGAAUCUGUCAUAAAGGAGAAUGCCUUAUAGAUGAAGAGUGUAAACAGCCAUGUACUAUUCCAAGGCUGUAUUGUAAUCACCCCUGUAUGGCUCCAUGUCACCCUUCUUCACCCUGCCCGACAACAUCCUGCUCUGCAAAGGUUGAUCUUCAGUGUGAAUGUGGAAGAAGAAAGGAGAGUAUGAUUUGCUCAGAAGCAUCUAAUACAUAUCAAAGAAUAGCUGCAAUAUCUAUAGCCACUAAGUUAACAGAUUUACAGCUUGGAGAUUCAGUGGAAAUCAGUAGACUUAUUACAAAAAAAGAAAUGACGCAGGCCAGGUUGCAAUGUGAUGAAGAAUGCUUAGCUCUUCAGAGGAACAGGCGCCUUGCUGAGGCUCUUGAAAUUGAUGAUAAUUCUGAUCCUUUUAAUAUCCGUUCUUCUGGACCAAAGUACAGUGACCUUUUAAAAGAAGAUGCAAGGAAGGAUUUAAAAUUUGUGAGUGACAUUGAGAAGGAAAUGAGAAUGCUUGUGGAAGCUGUGAAUAAGGGCAAGCAUACGAAGAAGAGCCAUUGUUACCCCCCAAUGAACAGAGAUCACCGCAGAAUCAUCCAUGAAUUAGCUCAGGUUUAUGGCAUUGAGAGUGUGAGCUACGACAACGAGCCAAAGCGGAAUGUUGUUAUCACUGCAGUGAAAGGGAAAUCCGUUUGUCCAAGCAAUACUUUAACUUCUGUGCUAGAUAAAGAAAUGCAGAGCAGGCCUCCACCUCCUAUUCCUCAUUAUAAACAAACAGAUAAGAGUAGUGGAAACAGUGGUUUAUCCAAACCAUUAAAAGAAGAUCCGGUAAUUGACUACUUUGAUGUCCAGGACUGAAGUGAUUGAUGUAGAGUUACGAUACAGAAGGUGGUGAAGAUACUAAGUUACUGUGUAAGGCACUUUUUAGUUAUCUGUCAAACCUUCAAUUGUUUAGCGUACUAAUGAUUUAACAUCUAAAGUUAGAUUGGUUGUGAUACUUGGAAAAGUUAGACAUUUUUACAGUUUAUGUAACUACAUAAUACCUAAAAGUAGUAUAGCUCUUUUGAAACCUGGGUUUGGUGCAAUUUUUUAUCUAAUGUGCUGUCAGAAUUAUGUAGAUUUGCACUGAUGCCUUUAAAGUGAGAGAACAGGUAAUCAAAUAUAUAUUUUGGGGUUAGCAAGAACAAUGAUAAAGAUUUAUUUUGACAUAUCCCAUACAAAUUAUAAUGGACCAGAAGUAAUGUGUGUUAAAAACAGUGAUAGAAAUAUUCUUGAAGUGUUUUCAUAUUUUAUUAGUUAACUUUUGUGUUAAUGUGGUAAAACUGGGAAUUUGAGUUACUCUUCUACAUGAAGGAAAUGCAAAAUUUAGUGGAAGUAUGAAUAUAUACACUAAAUGCUCACUAAGAGCACAGACUUCCUUUGUUACAUGAGGAACCAGGAUUUGGGGAAGAUGGGGAAUUAAGGCUUAUUUUGCUUUAUCUCAAAUUUGAUGGGUAAAAGAAAAACAAAAAACAAAAUACCAAACCAAAAAACCUCACCUCCCUAAAAAACAGCACAAGAAAAUUAAUAAUACUUUGUUAUUCAAGAUCUUGAACAAAAUCAGACUUUAUGUAUUAUUUUGGUGUUCUAUUUGGUUUAAUUUGUAUUUAGAUAUAUUAGCUUGAUGGUCUUCUGUUUUGGUUUUUGGCUUUUUUUGCAUGGUUUUAUUUGGGGUUUGCAAUCUCUUUCUGUAGUGUGCAAGCUUAAGGUGAAUGUGUGAAGUUUGGUUUAAGUGUGUUAUGAAUUUGGAACGAUAUUUGUAAAAUUUAUCAGACAAUCUGUCUAAAACGUUUAGCCAUGGAAGAUCUGUGUUUUUAUGGGAAAUGCCAUAAACAAAAUGGGAUGAUGGGUUCCACAGUGAGAGACACCAGAGUGGUCUCACAGCUGGUGAAUUGUUUCCAGGUGAUGAGUUAAGGUGGGUGUGUGGUUCUCUGAGAGAGGACGUUGUAGGUCUGGUCAGAAGAGGCGGCACAGCUCUGAAUUUGGGUAAUACCUGUUCACUUGAAGAGGUUUUUUGCAUUAAUAACUAACUUUGACACUGAUGCACUGGGUUUCGUGUUCAGUACGUGUAGCGCUAGAGGGGAGUCCCCUGAGCAGCUUCAGAGGCUGCAGCUACAAGGGGCUUAGCACAAUGAAGACACAAAUCUAGCAGAAGACUUGUCAUCUCUGGCUGAGUUGUUUUCCAGCCAGCUCGGUACGGUGUAGGUGAGAUUUGUUGCCAAGAAAAUGGAAUGCACUUCUCCAUGCUUAGAUUCUCUUACAGUUACCCCCUGACCCUGAGCCUUAACUGUGAAGCGUUCUGUGGCUGCCUUCAGUCUUGAACAGCUUGUAAAACAUUAAAGACUCAGCAGCAAACUCGCGUACCGUAUUUGUUCCCCAAAAUGUUGUGAGAAUUAAAAUGCAUGCUGGUAUUGCCUAUUUUCAGGAGCUUAUUAUUUCACACUAAAAAAAAAAAAAAAAAAAAAGCAGUCUUACAUGUUUCUAAACAUUUGAAAUGCACAUGUUUUGGAUAAAACGGUUACCACGGUUUUCAACCCUCGAGAACGUUCAGGCUUUUAAUUUGCAUGCAGUGGUUUAAAUUGGUUUUACCUUUUGUUUAAUAUUUUGUGAACAGAAAUGAAAAACAAAUUAACGUAGCUUAUAUUGCCCUUAAUUUCUUAAAGCAAAUUAAUGUUUGAUUCUACAAGGUAUACUUUGCUUUGCUAAGUCCAGCUGACGAAAUAAGUUGCUUGGCAUCUUUCCAGGAAUGUGUUUCUUCCGUCCGUUGUGAGGAGUGUGUCUGUCCCCGUGCUUGCAGAUCAGUGCCAACUCGGUGUGGCCAGGCACAGGCUAAUUCUGGGUCUGAAACUAAACCGUGUUAAUUUAGUACCAUUUUCAAGCUAUUUAGGGAGAAUGUAGGCAAUGAUACUGCAAAGGUGGGUUCUGGAGAGGAGCUGGCACACGUGUGCACGUACCACACAGUUGGUGUGCCAUAGGUACAGCUCACGGUACAGAAAACCAAAGCCUUUUAAGUUGUUUAUAAACAGAAUAAAGCUGAAGCCUGUUAACACAAUUUCGCUAAAGCUAAAACUAAACACUAAAGCUAAAACUUCACAUUUGCACCUCUGAUUUGAAAUUUAAAACUUCAAAAGGUUUUAAUGACAUUAUAUUUAGUUCUGCUCUUUGGAAUUUUUGUCAGAUUAUGGCUUUAACAUAAAAAUGUCAACCUUGGUGAGAUGCGCUUCAGCUGUCAAGUAUUCUGCCACUGCUUUUAAUAAGAAAACCCAGGUAAUCUUCAGCUUCUCAACAUGAGACUAAUAAUUAUUACUGAAUCCGUUCAUACCGAGAAGUCAUAGUUCUCAGUACUAAACCUCUUGACUACAUGAAUGUUAAAGCAUUUUUAUAGGUCUGUGUGUUACACCUCUCUAAAUGGUGGCUCUUGGAGCAUAUCUGUAGUUAGGAAGCAAGUCACAUGUGCAGAAACAUUUAUUUUGAAAUGCAUUUUAAUGACUUGGUAAAAAACAUGAUACAUUUACCUGAGAAAGUAAUACCAAAAAAGUAAGUAUUGAUGUCGUUCUUCCCAGAACAUAGUUCCAUAGCCUUAAGAGGGAAAUCAGCAAAGUGUAACAGUGGUGCUCUCCUUUCUGUUCGGGUUUGCUUUUGCUGCAAUCUAUCUGUGACUUUCAUAUGGAAUAGAACUAAAGCAGUAGUUUUGAUAUCUGUAAUGACUCUUCAUCAUAUUGCAUGUGUGCCUCAGAAAAUAUUUUUCAAAUAGCUAUUUUGUAAGUCUGAGCUGGACUUUACAGCUUUUAUCUAAUAGAAAAAAUGAGUGGAUCAAAAAAAAUAUCUUUGCAUCAAUGAAGUCGGUGGCAAAAAUCCUAUUGAUGUCACUGGAACCAAGACUUAAGCUUCAGUGUGCUAGUCGUUUUCCACAGCCCUAAGAACAAUAUUGUUUCUUGUAAAUUUAUUUGAAAAAAGUACUCUGCAAUAAACAUAUUUUGAAAUAAAUAAUGUGAUGUCAGUUGGAAUUCAUGCAACUUCAUUAAGUGCUUUUAAAAUCGUGUAUAAGAUAGGCAGAUACUUUGACAUUUGGGCUGUGCUAUUACCUAUCUAUAUUGUUUAACAUGUUUCAAGUGCUCUGAAUAGUCAGUGCUUGGGUUUAACCUAAAAUUGUGUAAAAUGCAUAAGUAGACUUCAAUGCCACUGUUUCUAUGGCAGUUUUGUACAAUAUCUGCUGCGUAAUAAAAUGAGAAAAGUAAAAGUGUUCCAAAACAUUUAUUCUUACGUUAUUUGUUGAAAGGUUUAUAUUUGACUUGAUUUUUUCAAGUUACUGGUAUAAAAUUACUUUCUUUAUAAAUCGGAAAUAAAUCUAAGUUCAGUGCUUUGAAAUUGUUUGCUAGCUUUGUCUCAGUAUUCCAAAGUUGGAAGACUGAGUGAUCACAAAGAAACAGUAAAGAUUUAAAUGGAAGUUUCAGGAGUCCUUUUCCUCAAAUUUUGAAAUACGAGGUGUACUUUCCUGGAUUUGAAGUGAUUUUAAAUGAAUGCUGUAAGGACAACGAGGCAAGUAAAGAGGGACUCAGGGAAUGGAAAGUAAAGAUUAUCUGCUGCCUUCUUGGGAUUCAGAAGUACAGGGGAGAUGGUUAUCUGAAUAGAAAUGUACUUUUUGGUUAUCUGAAGAACUAUUUACUAUGUCAACCUAAAUGCUAUUUGGCAAUAAAAUGUAUGAUUUUAA